CGAUCAGUCUGAUAAUCGAUCACUUAUUGGAAAAUGAAGUCAGCUCAGGGCCUCCCUUUAACCUUUAACCGAGUCGAUCUGGAUCCAGGGUGUAAUCAGUUACUGUGAAUUCUGCAGAGAGCCGUCGUCAGAGUAAAGCCCACGCAGGGGAUUCUGUUCACCUGGGCGAAACGUUUCGUCAUCCAGGUGACUUCUUCAGUCUGGUUUCCUUACCUGGAUGACUGAGCAUGCGUGAACCGCGGUCAAGCGAGCCCUCACAUGCGAAGUCACCGUCCGGCCUGCCGCACCUACAACGUUGCUUUUGCGCUUUUCUCGCGGAUAUUACGGUACGGGUGCCCAGAGUCGCCUGUAUCCUGACAUUUUCACUAUUUUACUGCUCAGCUCACUACGAGCUUUGAAAUAUUAGAAAUGUUUACUGUCUUUGUCAGACACACACACCCACACACACACAACCAGAAGAACGGGUCUACGCCCUUUAAUCAGGGCGGUGCUGAAGCCUCAGAGGUUCCCAGAGUGCUCAGGGCCUCUGAUGAUGGAGCUCUGGAUUCUGUGGCCUCAGACUCAUUUUAAUAAUGUUCACAAUCUGCGUCCACGAACUUUAUUUACAAACCUCCGUCUCUGUUUCAGACACGUCAGCAGGUCGGUUGUGAACAUGUCUGUGAUCAUUGUCUCUGUCAGUCAGUGUCAUGGUUGUUUCAUCAUGAAUUGUGGCUCCAGGGAAGUCACCAACUGCUUCUCAGUAAAUGUGUAGCGACGACAGCCACAGUACUCAAACCUGAAGUAUUCAUAUUAUUCUAGUAAAAUGUAUCAAAGCUGCCAGGAGCAGAACAGUGACCUGAGGUCAGCCACCCGCAGAGAGGAGAGGAAGAGGCUGCAGGCAGGGUGGAGGUGAGACCUGCUGUGAUGGGUGGAGAUGGUGAAGAUGUUCAGAUAUGAUGGACACGAGUCCGUCAAAGGGACAGCUCAGAGUCAGAGGGGACGUAGUGAAGGAGGGCAUGCAGAGGAGGAUGAUGGGAUAGAAGAUGGGGGAAGAUGAUGUGCUCCGAAGACCCUGAAAGAAGAAGUGAAGGUAGCAGCGCUCUGCUCAGCAGGCUGCAGCAGCUGCAGUGUCACUUCACCUGGGAUCUAAAGAAGGAGGAUGUGAACCUGGAAAACCUGAGCACCCGACUGCAGGAGCACAUAAAACUUCAGCUCGGGCAGCGCGGGGCAGUGACUCGAUCUUACAGCUAUUUGGCUUAUGUCAGGUAUCUUCAGGACCAACGAGAGGAAGCGCUGUCACUUCUAAACCAAUCAGAGGAGACCAUCAGGGAGAGUUAUGGUGAUGAGAGUGAGAGGCGGCUCAUUGUGACAUAUGGAGACAUGGCCUGGCUGAAAUACCACACCGGAGACUACGCACAGUCACAGAGCUACUGCCAGAGAGUUGAGGACAUACUGUCAAAUCAUCCCACUGGUUCCUUGACAAGCCUCCUUCCAGAGGUGUACGGAGAACAAGCCUGGACCUAUCUCAAGUUUUCGAGGUCUUCUCUUUCCAAAGCCAUCGACUGUUUCCGCAAAGCACUUGAGGUACAGACUCAUGACAGUGAGUGGAACGCCGGCUACGCCAUCGCCCUCUUUCGCACAGAACAGUGGGCUUUGGAAAACUUAAAGAAAGGUGAAGAGUCCCCGGCCAUCACACAGCUUCGCUUGGCCCUGGAGAUCAACCCUGAUGAUGCAGUUCUGCAGUCCAUGCUGGCUGUGAAGCUGGGGGCCUAUAAGGAAUACCAAGAAGCUGAGGAACUGUUGAAUAAAGCACUGAAAACUGAUCCUGAUAAUCCUCAUGUCAACCGCUAUAUAGGAAAAUACUUUCGUAAUCAGAAUCGACUGGAUGAGUCUAUUGAUAUGUUGGAGCGAGCACUGAAGCGGGCCGAUCAAUCACCUUUCAUCCACCACCAGCUGGCUCUGUGCUACAAGAAGAAGAAAAUUGCAGAGCAGAGCCGCCGGCCCAACAGCGACCAAAGAGCGGUGCGGUACUGGAGGCGUCGUUGUAUCCAUCACCUUGAAGUUGCUGUGGAGAUAAGGCCGUCCUUUGUCCUGGCAUUGACUGAUCUGGCACAGAUGUAUGCAGAGCAAAGGGAUUUGAGCAGGGCUGAGGAGAUUUUCCAGCAGUGCUUGAAGCUAGCAGAGUCGGAGAAAAGCCUUUUUCAGACUGUCCAUCAGCGCUACGGUGACUUUUUCUACUUUAACAAAAAAAACGAGGCUGAAGCCAUCGCCCACUACACUGAGGCUCUGCUGUUACCACCCAGCAAGCAUGAGUGGAGACAGUGCGCUAAGAGACUGAAGCAGAUUGCUGACAGACGUCUGACAAAGACACGGCGUGAUGGCGAGGCGCUCGCUCUGCUGGGUCUGGUGGCCAGAGCUGAGGGCGACAGGAAGAAGGCUGCUGAGUUUUAUGAGGAAGCUCUGAACUGUGACGAGGGCAAUGAAGAGUACCUGUGUGCUGUGUGCGAGCUGCGCCUGGAGCUGCAGUGAGCAUCCUCUGAUGAAUCGCUGAAAACACUGAUGCUGAGUUAGAACUGCAGGCUCAGGACCACCGUGGCUGCUUCCUGGUUCAUUAAAUGCUGAUUUUUCC